CUCUACGCUUCCGUAGUCAGUCACAUGAAUGCGGGUUGUUGUGGUGCGGAGCCUCGCUAGCUCGACUGUAAUGAGCCUCUGUUUUGGUCCUCCGCUCGUGUUUAAAGUGUAUUUUAAAGGCUGGUCAAUUCUACAUUUUAGUCAGUCAUUAUAGUUUCUAAGACAGGGCGCCGAAUGGUCAGGCUUUAUAUUCUGCCCCCUUUCCCUCAGUAAAGACCCUCAGUCAUGCUGCGAUGGAUUCUCGGGGGUCGUGGCACUCAAGGCGCAGUCGAGAAGAGCGCGGCGCUGUGCAUCGGGGAGGAACAGCCCAAAAACUGUUUCACGGAGUUGCAGGUGCUGAAAGGACAUUUUGACAUUGUUCGAUUUCUGGUGCAGAUUGAUGACUUCAGGUUUGCGUCUGCUGGGGAUGAUGGGAUGGUGCUGGUGUGGAAUGUGGAGACUGGGGAGCGGCUGAUGGAGCUACGAGGUCAUACGCAACAGAUCACGGCCAUGACGUCAUACACCUUCAUCAGAGGAGGAAAACCCCACACAGGGCUUAUAACGGCAUCAUCAGACCGCUCACUGAGUCUGUGGGAUCCAGACACAGGAAACAGAGUGCAGACCGUAUCCAAUCUACAGUCGUCUGUGAAGUGUCUGUUGGUGUUGAACGAUGUGGAUGUAUGGCUCUCGGGUGGUAACGAUCUGUGUGUGUGGAACAGAGACUUUCAGCUGCAGUGUAAAAGCGUACAUCACAGAGAUGCAGGCAUCACUGCGAUGGUGGAGUUACCCAAAAACUGCGUUGCUGCUGCCAUGGACAAAGAGAUUGUUAUUUUUAAGUUAAACCUGUCUGAAGUGGAGAUGUCAGUCUUGGCCAUUCGCCACCUCGCUGACCACCAGGACACAAUCAGAGCGCUCAUCAGCAUCAACGACGGCCUGUUUGCUAGUGGCUCUCAUAACGGUGAACUCAUCCUCUGGGAUGCCGUGGAUUGGACGAUCCAGGCUUAUGAGCUCAUUCUGUGGGAGGAGCCAGCAGGAGAUGCCCAACCAGAGAUCAGAGUGGGCCAGCAGAAACAGACCGAGAUGUCCAUUCAGCACCUGGCCACAGAUGGAGAGCUGGUGGUUGCAGCAGUAGGCAGUGGCCUGUAUGUGUAUAAUGCAGUGAUGAAGAUGGUGGUGGCGUACAGGAAGAUUGCUCAUGACUCUGAUGUUUUGCAUACCAUGCUGCUGGACAACAGUCAGGUGAUGUCGUGCUCUGAGGACGGCAGUGUGAGGAUCUGGGAGUUACAGGACCUCCCCCUACCUGCAGAGCCCGCCCCCUCAGGGUUUUUUGGAAUGUUUGGCACUUUCGGCCGGUCUGGUAAACAGACAGGUGUUCCUGUGAGGAAGCUUGUGGACGUUAGCGGUCUUCGCUCACUGGAGCUGAUCGGUGAUCUAAUCGGUCACUCUGGUGCUGUUCAGAUGUUUGCAAGUUUCGGCGAGAAAGGUUUGGUCACCUGCUCCGCUGACCACCUGCUCAUCGUGUGGAAGGACGGAGAGCGAGAGUCGCAGCUGCGCAGUCUGGCGCUGUUCCAGAAGCUGGAGGAGAUGCAGGGCCUGUAGAGGGCGCUGUGGACCAGAGCCGAUCACUCAUUUAACUCCAUCUGGUUCUGGAGCUCCCAAAAACAGCCCGUCACACUUACCUGUGUCCCAGACGAACAGGUAAAGAACACUCCGGUUUACCAAAACGCAGCAUGGCACAAAGAACCGCCACACAUCACCAUUAACAAAAACCCACUGAGGGUCAGUUCACAGUGGUCCUGUUAAAGGGGGAGUUUUUCAAAAAAAGCACUGUUUUAACCCAAAUGUACUCAGCCAGCCAAGACAUGGUGGGUGUUUUCAAGGUUGCUUCUGGUGCUACGAGGCUAAUGUAGCUAAACAUACUAUAUAUGCCCUUAUAUAACAAUAUAUAAGACAAAUGGUUACAGCAGAACAGCAGAGUUUAGUUCCAGUGCUGCAGUGAUGCACAGGAUUUUGUACUAAUCCUGAGUAACCAGGAUUAGACCAAUACUGGAAAACCAGAAAGUUUGUGAUUAAAUAUCAAAAUUUUUAUAAAAUACUCAAGUUUGACAAGCUAGAUGCUCCUAAUGUCGUUGAAGGCUGUACGAUUCUAGCUCUUGUGGUCCAAAGUGGACAUAAUUUUUAAACUGAUCUUCCCAAAGCUUCACAAAUCAAACGAAGCUUUUACAUUGUGUGUGAAAAUAUGGGCAAAAAUUCUCUUUUUAUGAGGGUUAGCAUAAAUGCUAAUGGUGUUAGCUUCCUCACUGGCCACCUAAGUGAAUUUUUUAUGUUCUAAAUGUUUUAUUUAUUAUUUUUUAAAUUAAUUUUAAAUUUCAUUUGUAAUUCUAAAAAACAUCAACACCAAAGUAUUUAGCUACAUGUAGCAGCACUGCCAUCUUUAGAAAGUGAAAAAGUAAAAUUCAUUAUAUACUUGGGUACAGUUGACUUUACAGCCUCAAACAUUACAAGAUUUUACUGGUUUUGUUUUGUCUGUUUUUGUUUAUAUACUGUUACUGAAAUUAAGCAUCCAAGCUGAUUGGAUGCAAGUUAUCCAGCCAACCUUCAUGUUUAUGUUCUGAUUUGGUUUAUACAUUUAACAUAACAUUUUGGAAAAACCUGCACUGUCAGAAACCAACCUAAGCAAGUCUACGCUUACGUUACCUGUUAGUUAUGUUAGCCUCGUAGCUUCAGUGCUAAAACUAAACAAGUGAACUUCGACGCCAAACAUGUCUCGGCUGAUCGACUACAUUUGGGAUCAGCUGGGCAAAAUGAAUUUUCCCUGAGCUAUUCUUCUACAGUUCGGUGGUGAGGAGAAGACGGACGCCUUCGAAUACGAAUUGUGAAAAUGACCUUUUAUGUUCUAAUGAGCACCGAACGACUCCACACUGACUGAACCGAGAGUGCGAACUUUCUGAUCCUGUAUCAGCAACUUUACUAUGAAAUGUUCACAGCCAUCCUGAGCUCAGGACACGAUUCCUGCCUUACACAACCAGUAUUUGCCUGUCGUUAAGAUGUUUUAGCAGAAAGUUUGUCGUCCUUUUUUAAAUAUAGUGUGUUUUUAAGCAUUAGGCAAAUCAUUUUGUACUCAUUUUAAUUUAAUGUUUGAUUGCAUGUAGAUUUGUGUGCAGAAUUAUUGUAACUUGUGUGAAUGAUUGAUUUGAGAAUCACAUGCAUUCUGAGAUGUGUUUAUUUUAAAGGGCCCAUAUUGUGGAAAAGUGAAUUUCCUCACUUAUUUUGAGUUUGUUUACAUAUUACAUCAUUGUUAAAUCUACCAGUCACAGCUCAGAUGUGGUCACUAAUGUGCACUAAGGUUUUUUUUUUUGCCAUGUCACACAAAACAUUUACAUAGUCUACCCAUUCAUCUUACAGACGUUUAGCUCCGCCCACUCAAGCUGAAGUUAUGACUGUUUAAGCCAGGCUGCUUUCUGAAUGAGGCACAGCCAGUCAGAAGAGAGCUCAUUUACGUACAUCAGCCUUAAAGGCACAGUAACAAAACGGCCUUUGAGUAUGUAAGAAUGAAUUAGGAAAUUAGCAAAAAACAAGUUGAACCUAUGGAGAAAAAUGUUGGAUAUGGGCCCUUUAAAAAUGCUCGUUUGCACAUUUUGGUGUCCACUGGAACGUAAACUGAUUGUAUUUUUUGUAAACAGUGUUAACUGCCACUGAUUAAAGCCUGCUUUGUGAGGAGGUGCAUGAGAGAAAAUGUUAUUGCAAGUUUCUUUUAAUGUGUUUCACAAAUACAACAUAGUAACGCUUUAAAAUCAGGAGCGGCUCCUCUGAAACAACAGCGGAUUCUCAGACAGACGGAAAUGAAAACUGAAGCAGGACUUACAGUCUGGGUUGUUUUUUUUUAUACAACUGACAAAAAUAAAAAAAUAAAAAUAAAAACAGGAAACAGCUGUGGCUGGCAAUGUCAGCACUCCCCAUUCCUACCCUUAAUAUUGUUGUUCUUGUUUAUUAAAAAAUAUAGCUUAUGUACAUUUCUGCAAAUACUAUCGUUCUCGCUCCUAAAGAUCAGUGUAAAAAUACAGCGAUUGGCACAGACACACGACCCGUACUUUCACUUCCGUCUUCAACAAAAAUGAACAUGUCUGACACCAGGUAGGGCAGGAAAUGGACAGCUGGGUCCAAAAUCCCCACUCUGUACUGACCAGUGGGUUGAAUGAACCCUUAAGCGCCCUCUGGUGGUGAAGUUCCCCACAAUCAAAUGACCUCACAGUAGUUUCAUCUAAAAAAAAAAAAAAAUUACAGUUCAAAUUACAGUACUGUUACACACCUGUCCUGC